AUAUUAUAUACAUUAUGAUUUUUUUACCAUAAAAGAGCACUAUUUACUAUAAAGUUAUGUUUAAUUUUUUUGACAAACGCACAUACCAGUGAUUGCGCGUCACCUCAGUAUAUAUAAUCUGUGAUUCUCCUUCAUGUUUACUUGUUAGUACUUAUCGGAAGUGUAUAGUUUCGUAUUUACUUACAAGUUAUUUGAAGUUAUUAAUUUUCGAUAAUGGAGUCAAAGAAACAUGUCUUUAGCCCCAUCGAAAAAAAACAUUUUCUAGAUGUACUUAAAAAGUACAGUAACGUUAUAGAAAAUAAGGAUACAGACGGAGCUACGUUAAAGCACAAAAACGACGCUUGGAUUCGUGUUACGGCCGAAUAUAAUGCUAGCCCUCUCACUACAAAACAGGCAACAGUUAAACAACUACGGCGCUUGUGGGUUAACACAAAGCAGCGUCAAAGGGAGGCCUUGACGAAAGAACGCCAACAUAGGCUAGCUACUGGAGGAGGGCCAUCUAUCAGCGAUGCUGUCGUUGACCCUGAUGUGUCCAUGGUGGCCCCAGCUCUGAUUGUUGGAAUCGAUAAUGCGAUUGAUUCCGAUUUAGUUGAAGAGUCUUCGCAGUCGCAAACACCAGACGCCGUAGAAAUAGAGCAUUAUGUUUUAGACGAUGUUUCGCAGACAUCCGUCAUUUCCCACGAUCAAGCCACCGAAGAUCAAAUAGUACUGCCUGACUCACCAAUCCCUUCCACAUCCCAAAUAUCCCAACCCUUCAUAACAACCAUCCCAUCAGCAAGAAAGUCACCUGCACGUUCUAACACUAGAACAGGUUUAAAAAAUAGUGUGAUAGAGCAGGAGUACAAGGAUAGAUCUGUGCGGGCCACAGAAAAACACAAUAUAGAGAUGCAGAUUUUAAAAGAACAGCUAAGGGAAGCCAAAGCAAAGGCAGACUUAGCUGAACUUAUUUUAAAAGAAAAGCAAAAUUCAACAGGUCAUACCACAAACAAUUAAUGUUUAUGCACACAUUUUUAUAAUUGUAAUAAAUGAUUGUAAUAAGUUAA